AUGCACACUGUAGAACUCAUUAAGAAAAACGACGGAGAAGACUCAUACAGACGUAGGCUGACCCGACAAGUUUCUAUGCACACUCUAAAUGGCUUCAACGAACUCCGGCUGAACGUCAAACUCUGCGAUGCGUCAUUGAUACUUGAUAGCGGUGAAAUAUUUCCGAUACAUCGAUCAGUGUUGAGCGGUUCAAGUGAUUACUUUAGAAUACUUUUCACCACUACAUUGCACGAAGGAGAAUACACGAAAAUACAUCUGAAAUCAAUUGAAAGUACUACGAUGGAAUUCAUUUUACAGUAUAUUUACAUGAGACAAAUUGACAUAAACUAUGACAACGUAAUGGAUAUCAUGCGGACAGCUGACUAUUUGUGCAUAGACGGCUUGGUGCAACUUUGUCAUGAAUUUGUCGUCGAAUGUCUGGGACCUGACAAUUGUGUAACCGUGUUGCAAUUUGCUGAUUACUAUUAUUUUGAAGAGUUGACGAAUGCGGCGUACAAAUAUAUCAUCAAAGAAUUUAUGACCAUUGCAGAACAAGGUGACGAGCUGAUGAAACUCCGACAAGAAGAAUUCAAACAAAUAAUCAAAGAUAACCAGUUGAACGUCAAACGGGAGGAGUGUGUCUGGGACGUGCUGCUGAAAUGGGUGGACAAGGACCCUGAAAAUCGAAAAAACGAUUUGUUGUUUCUGCUGCCUAAAGUCCGUUUUGGCCUCAUGGACUCUAAAUAUUUCAUCAAAAACGUCAAGGACCACCAUUACAUACAAAACCGGGAUGAUUGUAGGCCUUACAUAAUCGAGACCCUGAAGUUCAUGUACGAUCUACAGCUGACGUCGAGUGUAACUGAUUCGAUAGCGCCGACGCUCGCACGUCCCAGGUAUCCGUCCGAAGUUCUGUUCGCCAUUGGCGGAUGGAGUGGUGGCAGCCCGACUGCGAUUAUCGAAACGUAUGACACAAAGUCUGACCGAUGGACGAGGAUAUUCGAAGAAGACCCGCAAGGGCCGAGAGCGUACCAUGGCACGAUCGUCAUAAAUCAGUACAUCUACGUAAUCGGAGGUUUUGAUGGGUUGGAGUAUUUCAACUCUUGUAGGAAGUUCAACACGAUCACAAAAACGUGGGAGGAAGUAGCACCUAUGAACUGUAAAAGAUGUUAUGUCAGCGUUGUGUUGUUAGACGACAUUAUUUACGCGAUAGGUGGAUUCGAUGGACAUCACCGGCUGGGCUCCGCAGAAAAAUAUAAUUUUGAACGAAACCAGUGGACGAUGAUAGCACCAAUGACUUCUCAGAGGAGUGACGCCUGUGCAGCUGUGUUGAAUGAGUACCAAAUCAUUCACAUAAUAUGUAGUACGUACAUCACCAGCAUUGCCAGGGUUAGAGUUAGGUUAAAAGAAAAAAUACCCAUAGCCGAUGCGUCAUCAGUCAUCAGGUAUUUCUGCAACACUACUAACAGGAUUACGGCUCAUUCUACUUUUAAACUACCCCUUACGGUAUCACUUGAAAAAGAUAGUUUGUGCCUUAUUCGUAAAAAUUGCCCAUUAGCCAAGGUCUCCAAAGAUGCAAGCCUGAAUAAUAUGAGAUGA